AUGAAUAUUCACUCAUUUUCAAUCCCUUCAAUAAUUUUCUAUCUCCACAUAACAUCCACAUACAGCAGUCAUAAUGAUAAUGUAGACCUUUUCACAGGCGACGUAUCAAUUAACUGCGGCUCGACCGGCAUUUUCCCUGCACCCAACGGCCGGGAAUGGGUUGGGGACAUCACAAACCCGAAAUCUGCUUCGAUUAUGCAAAUAAAAGACCACUCGACAACCUCAGCGGCUAACGGCAAGUUAUUAUCCAGCAACCGAGUCCCCUACGGAUCGUCAAGAAUUUCCCGUUCGAAAUUCGUGUACGCAUUCCGAGUGGGCCCAGGCCCGAAAAUCCUCCGCCUUCACUUCAACCCGGCCCAAUACAAUGGCUUCAAAGGACUUGAGGACUUGUUCACGGUCCAAGCCAGCCCAUUUACCUUGCUCGGCAACUUCAGUGCUUCGCUCACCGCAUGUGCCCUCGGAGUGAAACCUUUCACGAAAGAAUUCUGUUUGUUCAUACAUAAAAACGAGCAGUUUAACGUAAGUUUUACUCCAGAACCGGGUUCAUAUGCAUUUGUGAACGGCAUCGAGAUUAUAUCCGUGCCGGAAAGCAUAUCCUAUUUUCACAAUGGAGACAUCGGAGUUCAAGCGGUCGGCCGAAACUCCCCUGUCCACGUAGACCGCCACACGGCACUUGAGUAUGUCCACCGGCUAAAUAUUAUCAAAGAAAGUUCCGUGCUGGCCGGUGGAGAUCUUGACGACACGUUUCUGACGUGGGAUUUGCGAAGAGCCGAAGAGCGAACGUGGGAAGUACCGGUGGAUGUGGGAUUCAGGUACAUGAUCAGACUUUAUAUCUCGCAAAUGGGACUCAAGAUUGCAAGGACAAGUGAUUAUAAAGUCCUCAUCAACGAAGCAAUUGCUCUCACGAAUAUCGACUUAGAAAACGAACCUAGAAAUGACAGGAAAAGAUAUUAUUACAAGGACUACCUAGUGACAAUGAGGGGACAUAAAGAGGAAGGAAAACGUCGACUCUCGAUUUCUCUGCAUUCCUUAGACGAGCUCACGGGCGGGCUUCAACUUCUAUCCGGGUUCGAAAUAUUCAAACUUACCAACCCGGACAAUAGUCUCGCAAGCCCGAAUCCCUUUCCUCCACCAUCUCAAAAUCCACCGUCCAAAAGCACCCGCAUUUUCUCCACGACCUUCCGCAGCACGAACGCAUUUUCGUUUGCGGUCUUACUCCUCGGGGAGCCGGACAACAACAAGCCUUCCGCCAUAGCCGAAGGUCUCUGUCGCCGUUUUUCGCUCAUCGAGAUGCAAUUCGCCACGCAGGACUUCAACGGCGGGCUUCUAAUCGGGAGGGGCGGAUUCGGAAAAGUCUACAAGGGCAACAUCAUCGUCGACAGAGGAGGACGAAAGUCGGUCGCCAUCAAGAGGCUAAAACCGAACUCGAGUCAGGGGGCCCACGAGUUCCUGAUGGAAAUCGAGACGUUGUCCGAGCUUCGUCACGCGAAUCUAGUUUCUCUAAUCGGAUACUGCAACGAACACAGGGAGAUGAUUCUCGUGUACAACUAUAUGCCAGGUGGCACGCUGGCCGACCGUCUUUACAGGCUUCGGAGGACGAGCAGCAGCUGUCCACCGCUGAGCUGGAAGCAACAAUCAUACAGAGACGUGAAGAGUACUAACAUCCUGCUCGACGAGAACUUGGUGGCUAAGGUCUCGGAUUUCGGCCUGGCCAAACAGGAAGACAGGAGAAAGCUGCAGAGCCACGUCAGCACGCGGGUCAAGGGCACAAACGGGUACAUGGACCCGCAUUACCUCCACACGCGCAAGCUGACAAGGAAAACCGACACGUACGCUUUCGGCGUGGUGCUUUUCGAAAUGCUGACUGGGCGGCCUGCGGUGGAUCUAAGCCUCGCGGAGGAGGAAGAACACAUUUUGACCAUAUGGGCACGUGACAGAAUAAACAAGGGAGAAGUCGAUCAGAUAGUGGAUUCGAGUCUAAAGGAAGAGAUUUUGCCGGCAAGUCUGAAGACGUUCGUGGGGAUUUCCGAGAGGUGCUUGCGAGAGGAUCCAAAGAGUCGGCCCACAAUGGCUCAGGUCGUGCAGCAGCUUGAGCUAGCGCUCGAGCAGCAAGACAGUGAGGUAACGAGUGCUUCACAUGAAGAAAGGAACUCAGGUAGCAAUGGGCAAUCACCAAUGGCUGAUCGACACGUGGCGGAUUUGGAACCUUCACGUGAACAACAAACGAGAAGACGAGCGGUUACUACUACUGAGGUUCCACCUGCAAGAAGAGAUGAGAGAAAACGAAAGCCGUUACGACUUUGGCCGUGGGAUGCGUUUUGGAACAGAGUUAAACAACCCAAGAAAACCAUUUUGUUAUCGGAGAUCGGGGAUGAAGCGAACAUAAGAGCGAACAAAUACGACUGGGAUAUGAUUGUGGCUGCCACCAAUCAGUUCUCUAGUAAGCGCAAAAUCGGACGAGGUGGAUUUGCCUCUGUGUAUAAGGGAGUGUUGCCCACAGGAGAGUUAGUUGCAGUCAAAAGGUUUAAACAGGAUUCUACACAAAGUCUCGUUGAAUUCACGAACGAGAUUCAUUACCUUCCCGAUCUUCAGCAUAGAAAUAUCAUCAAGCUACUCGACUAUUGCAUUCAUCGAGAAGAAAAGCUGCUCAUGAAGUCCAAUGUUAUCAUCAAGCUACUCGGCUAUUGCAUUCAUCGAGAAGAAAAGCUGCUCGUUUAUGAGUUCAUGGAGAAUGGAAGCAUGGAUACUUACAUAGGAGAUGAAGUCCAAUGUCUUCUCGAAUGGGAAGUACGACUCAAAAUCAUAAAAGGGAUUGCUCGAGGACUUGUGUAUCUCCAUCAACAUUCGGGACUUAGGGUCAUUCACAGGGACCCUAAGUUAAACAACAUCUUACUGGACACUGAGAUGAAUCCUAAACUCUCAAACUUUGCAUUUGCUAGGGCCUUAGCAGAAAACGAUUCUCAAUUAGAAACCAACUUAGCCGGGACCUUAGGGUAUAUUGCUCCAGAACUCUCCCUGAACUGGAAAAUUUCAUUUAAAACCGACAUGUAUUGCUUUGGGAUUGUGAUCCUGGAAAUCGUGAGUGGCAAGCGAGUGUUUAACUGGAGAAGAAUGAACUCAUCCUCUUCGAACCACACCAUGAACCUCCGUGGCCACGCAUGGGAGCUUUGGAAAGAAGGGAGAGCGUGUGAUUUGGUAGAUGAAAGACUUGAAAGGGCUUAUCCUGAGGAAGAGGCUCUAAGGUGCGUUCAAGUCGCCUUAUUGUGCACCCAAACACUACCAAAUCAAAGACCGAAUAUGGCCACCGCGCUUAAAAUGUUGGAGGCCGACGAGCCUCUGGUGGACCCACAAGAGCCGCCACCAUUGCCGGAAUAUUCAAUAAGCAACGCACAAUUAGCAAGGCAAUAUUCAUCUGCAACAUAUGAACUUGACGACACGCUUGAAAGAUAGGAUCGUAAAAUAGUAAGAAAGAAAAUGUGGAGGACUAUUCAUGAAAUUCGAAAACCUUGUUGAGCUAGUGAGUAUGUAUGGACUGAGAUAUGAACACAUAUGUAAACUCCCGAGUACGCAUUCUGUACAAGUAAUGUAUUUCACUAGUGAACCCACAACAGCCAUGGCCGAUGGAUGUUGGAAUAGUCAUAGGCACUCAUAUUAACUUUGCUUUGCUCGAGAAAAAUGCAGGGGCAUGGCACGGUUUAUAUCUAGAGUUAUGUUAAAAACUGCUCAAUUGCCA